AUGUCAACUUCUCACCUCAGCGACGCUUUCUCCCACGACAGCCAGGAAAAGUGUUCGCAGGACGACUAUCGACAUGUCGGCAAUGCCACCCUUCAUCGGUCAUCAAUGGAGGUGCCAUCGUUGGGCGGUGUGCAUGGUGUCCUCGGUGACUCUCUCGCUCACCUGAAAAUGCUCAUGUGUACGACCUGCCUCACGCGGUUGGAAACGCCUGAAGCGAGCUAUCAGGCCCUGGCACACUCGGUUCCACAAGAGUAUGGGUCGUCUAGGCCCUACGAGACAGAGAAGCAGCCGUCUGCUCUGCCUUCGGAGGAUCAGAGCUACCUGCCCAUGACCAUCGGUCCAGAUCCCCAGUCAAGCUUUACUGGGGAUGAUCGGGCUUUGGCCCCAAACUAUCACGACGUCCCACAACCCAAUCAAGUUGCCCCGCAGCCAGUGUCGCAAGACGUUAUGUUCUUCCCAACGACAUCGGCAGCCUCUGGCUACUUUGCCGCCCAUUCUGUCUUCGAAGUCACCCAUACUGCCAACUUGCCCGGCGGUUCCAUGUACAACCAAGAGCAACUGGCUGACGACCAAGCGCCCAUUUUACCUUACAGCGACGACACACCUACUGUCAACCUUCACAUACCCUUUACGCCUGUCGUUGACGCAACCUUCAACAUGGCGAGUUCAUACGCCCUCUCGGACUCAAACAUCAAACGAGAGCAUUUGGAUGCGCAGGGGACGAGUCGAAAUCUGGACGUCGUUUUCACAAACAGCAAACCUGCAGCCGCAAAGCGGGGCCCUUUCACCGAUCAGGUUAAGCGAGAACAGACAGCUGAAACUCGGCGUAUUGGGUCUUGUAUUCGCUGUAGAAUGCAGCGCAUACGCUGCAAAGCAAAUGAAAACGAUAGACAUGGAGCGUGCUUGACCUGCAGCACGAAACAAAACUCGAAGAUCUGGCGACUGCCCUGCCUUCGCGCGAAGCUGACUGACGUGAAGCUCUUCAAGCCCGGUCAGGUUCAUGGCUACGAAUGGACACAACGCUGGAAGGACAGCAUCGUGGACAACAUAGCCAAUUGGGACUCACCAGACGAGAGGAAAAUUCAAAUCUCUGAGGGACUGUCGAACAGUCCGGUUGAACUGCGUGUCAAACGAUUCAUUCCCCAACAAGGCGACAAAUUGGAUCGUUCUUGGUGCGCUAAGGAUGGUAUGAAACACUCCGUUACCAUUCCUCCGUAUGCCAUUGUCGAUUUGGAUGAAGCUCAACGAGCAUACACAAUGUACAUCAAGAACUGCAUCCGCAACUCCUUUGUGCUUGUUCUCGACCGAGUGCUCGGAGCCGAAAGAAAUCUUCUAUGGGGCACUUAUUAUCUAGCGUGGAAACUAAGUGACAGCCAGCACUUGGAUAAGGAUGAGACUGGUCUGCUCAAGAAAGUACUCGAGCUGUGGAUGGCCGUUCGUUUGACAACAACAUCAACUGUCAUUGUCGGCAAUGACACCCUGGGGAUGCCCGCGAAGAUAUUGAAUGAAACGAGCCCUCAACACGGAGAGAUACCUCUCCCACCGGUCAUGGGCGCGCAAAUCGACCUUGUCCUAAUCACACACAUCCAAGCCAAGCUGCGGCGUGAGAUGCUGGACAUGCUCCAGAAGAUGACGCAAGCUAACAAACAGAAGACUUGGCUCACUACCUACCUCGUCACGUUCAUUCUCUUGCACAACACAGCCAUGAUUACGGAUCACGAUGCCAGAUAUGCACGAAAGCAUGGAAUGAAGAGACGCUAUGCGAGGGAGGAGGAGGUGAAGCAAUACCAACAAGAGGGACAGUGGGAGGAGCUGCAGCGGAAGAAAGCUUUUGAAGAUAGCUACUUCUGGGUCAGCCAACUGUACGAGCACAACUGGCAGCCGGGUGUGGAGCUAUAA